AGUCCUGACCUGGUGGAGUUUCCUCUCUCGGAAAAUAACAAAGGAUUUAAAGUAUGAAAAGGAAGAGGAGGCCGAGCCAUUCGGAGAAAGGAGAUCGGGACGGAACAAGGACUGUAGCCAGAGCCCCCGAAAGAGAGAUUGUAGAAAGCUGGACAGAGGUCUGGAGGGAGCGGACCCUUGUAGAGGACGGGGGGGGGAAGCAUGGAACAACCGGCAAAGAAAGGAAAGAAGGCUCUGGUCUCCCCCCUCAAACGGCUGGUGUCGCUUAAAUCUGUUCGGCGCUCUGCCGCAAAGAACAGCGCUUACCGACGCCCGCUCCAUUCCGUGCCUGUGAUGGCCCCGGACUACCUACUAGACCCUCAGAUCCUGCUGCAUGACUAUGUGGAGAAAGAAGUGAAGUUCUUAGGUCAUCUGACGUGGGUGGUCGCCUCUCUGAAUCCAUCUAGCCGAGAUGAAAUCUUGCAGCUCCUGGACACAGCUCGGCAGUUGAAGGAGCUACCCCUACAUUCCACCCCGGAGCAGGACAGUAUCCUUAGCAUGUCCGCCCGCAGCCUCCUACUCACCUGGAGGGACAACGAGGAGCUCAUCUUGCGGAUUCCCACCCACGAGAUCUCCGCUGCUUCCUAUGUUAGAGACGACGCUCUCCACCUCCUCGUCCUCAAAACAGGUCUCGGAUUGGACCCGGUACCGGCAGCGGGUAGUCUGGAAAGAAAGCCACCAGCUGGCAAGGCUGACCGAGCUGGCUCCAAGCCUGUAGGAGGCGCCAUGGAAAGGCGUCACACGAUCUGCAGCUUGGACUGGAAAAUGGCUCAUAGAACUGCGGAUGGGCGACCCAAAGGGGGAGGUAGUUUGGAGAGGCGAGGAGAAAAACGGGAGAGCGGAAGCUGGGAGAAGAGACAGGGAGGGAAGGCCUGCCCCAACUGGGAGAGGAGAAUGACCUUCAGCGGCAGCUGGGAGAGGAGGCAGCCAUGUGGGGGAAGCUGGGAGAAGAGACAACAGCCCUGCGGCGGCAGCUGGGAAAGGAGGCAACCCUGUGGAGGCAGCUGGGAAAAGCGACAGCCUUGUGGAGGAAGCUGGGAGAGGCGGCAGCCCUGUGGUGGCAGCUGGGAGAGGAGGAACCCAGGGCAGAACCCCUUAGAUCCUAAGGAGCCUUGUCCAGAUGCCUACUGCAACUUAAUCAUCCUGGCAGUGGAGAACAGGGACGCUGCGGAAGAAUCCUGCGCUCUCAUCUGCCAAGUUUUCCAAAUCAUCUAUGGAGACCAGAGCAUUGAAUGUGUAGACCGGGCUGGGUACCACUAUACAUCACCGCCAGAACGACCUUGGCUGUCACGCUGUGACAGCUCGCACACAGAUGGGACAUUCUCCUAUGAUGCAGACUACAGCUGCUGCAGCUCUUUUAAUGGCUCUCACGACACAUUUGAAGCGCAUUACAGCGGCGAGUCGUCUCCUUCGUUCGCCAUGUCUGAGCAGAGUUUGGCAUCGGGCGCCAGUGAUGCCGAUCAGACCGGAGUGCCCCUGGAGCAGCUGCAGGAUUACAUGAUCACUUUGAGAAACAAGCUGGCCCCUGUGGAGAUUUAUCGCUUUGCGUGUCUCCUGCGGGAAUAUCGCCUUGGGAUGGAUGUGAAGGACUACUGCCGGGAGCUGCUGCAUCUGUACGGAGAAAACAGAAAGUUUCUUCUGCUUGGCCUCAGGCCUUUCAUCCCUGACAUGGACAUCGGCUACUUCGAAGGUUUCCUGGAGAGCAUCGGGAUAAGGGACGGGGGGAUCCUGACAGACAGUUUCGGGAGGAUUAAGCGCAGCAUGAGCAACACGUCGGCCUCGGCGGUGCGGAACUACGACAGCUGCUCGCCGAGCUCGCCCUCCCACUCCUUCAACCGCAUGAUCACAGACAUCACUCACAAUAUCGAAGCUCUGGCAAGGGAUGAUGAUGAUGAUGACGACGAUGUCAAUGAUGAUUUCUUGUGAUCUCUGUGUCUGGGAAGUGUGAGCCAUUUCCACACAAGACGGGAAGCCGCUUGUCAGGUGCCUGUGCUUUUCCGUAGCAGCCAAACAAUGAGAAAUGGUGGCCAGUUGGGUGUUCUCUAAUUUUUUUUUUAUUAAAAACAACAACAAAAAGUUUA